UCCGGCACUGCAGCACUCUGCCUGCUGCUCCUCUCGCUCGGCUUGGCUCGGCUCGGUGGGAGACAUGCACGCCACGCUGCUCAGCGUCCUGGGGCUGGCCCUGCUUGGGGCCCUGCACGCACAGGACGGCGUUCCUGUGCAAACCGAUUUCCAGCAGGACAAGCUCACGGGGAGAUGGUACAGCAUCGGCCUGGCCUCCAACUCCAACUGGUUCAAGGAGAAGAAGCACCUGAUGAAGAUGUGCACCACAGUCAUCUCCACCACCGCAGAUGGGAACCUGGAGGUCACCUCCACCUACCCCAAGGGUGACCAGUGUGAGAAGAAGAACAGCCUUUACAUCAAGACGGAGCAGCCAGGGCGGUUCAGCUACAACAGCCCACGCUGGGGCAGCAAGCACGACAUCCACGUGGUGGAGACCAACUACGACGAGUAUGCCUUGGUGGCCACCCAGAUCUCCAAGAGCACCGGCUCCUCCACCAUGGUGCUGCUCUACAGCCGGACGAAGGAGCUCAGUCCCGAGCGCCUGGAGAGGUUCACCCAGUUCUCCAGGGAGCAGGGCCUGACGGACGAAGAGAUCCUCAUCCUGCCCCGGACGGACAAAUGCAUGGCAGAUGCUGCCUAGGCAGACCCACCAGCUGCUGCCAGCCAGAGCCCCAAGAACGCCAUGAGCCAGCGGCUGCCCCAUCCCGUCCUAUCCCCAGUGCACCCCAGCACCGCAGCAGCCUUUGCUCCCUGGCUUCACACCCCACACCUGUACCCCCGUCUCCAUUAAAGCCCGUACAAAACCA